UCGAGACAAAACUUUUCUAUAUGUGAUAACCUUCACAAAGCUGUAUGCGAUCAGCAUACAUUGCGCAAGUUUCACGAUCAACAUCUAGGCCGGUGUUUCUGAUUCCGACUCCUCAGAGCUGACCAUGGCCCAGCGGAUCCAAUUUAUGGGACAAGAUAUAGUCCCGGCCAAAGUAGACGGACCUGCAGAUGUUUUUUCUAACACAUCAUUUGUGCUUGUUAAACCCAGUUGGGUUUCCGAUGAAGCGGUGUCCAGUUGUGUUCUGUGCUCAAACAAGUUUAACCAAAUCCGAAGGAAACAUCAUUGUCGGGUGUGCGGCAAAGUCCUCUGCAAUAAAUGCUGCAAAGAAAAGAUCCCUCUACCCCAACUAGGAUUAUCAGAACCAGAGCGAGUCUGUGAUGGUUGUCGGGAUGUCACUCAAUUUGUGACGCAGGCGUACUCUACACUUCCUGAGUUCCAAAAAAUCUCUGCAAAAGGUUUGGCCAAAUUAGCCAAAGCUCCGGAAUCCGUUGGGAAGGUUGUUGAGCUCGGAGGUAUGCAAACGCUAAUAUCCUUAGUGAAAACAAAUGUUGAUGAUGUCGAUGAGGGGAUAUCAGCAGGUCUUCACAGUUUGUCCACUUAUCCACAGUUACAUCUACUACUCGCAGAGGCUGGGGCUAUUAAAGCUCUAUGUCGAUGUAUAUUCCGAGCCAGAGCCGAACAAACGACAUUAUUGGUGGAUGGAAUCAGUGCACUUAUGAUAUUUUGUAAAUCGCCAGAUCUUAAGAUCAGAGCAAUCGAAGAAGGAGCUUUGCAGCCGGUAAUGGGGCUCUGUACGAGUCUAGAUCCAGCAGUGUCGCUGAUGGCCGUCAGUACUCUCAGCCUUAUUGUGGAACAUCCGGGGACUCACCACGCUGUCAUAGAAAACGCCAGAGAUGCGCUACCACGUAUUCUGUCCUUGACAGCAUCAUCGGAUGAACAGAUGCAAGAGGUAGCCCUAAAGACGCUCUGUCACCUGUCUUUGGGUACAGAAUGGCACCGGCACAGGAUUGUACAGGAAGAUUUCACUUCUGGAAAAAGUCUCCAAAAGGCUAUCAAUAGCAGGCCAAAGAAUGAGCAGAUACUAUGCAAUGCUGCAUGUUUGAUUGCAAACCUAGCUACAAGUGAUGAAGACCAGAACUCGUUACACGAUCUCCUUGAUUCUCUCUGUGUUUUGCUCACAACAAAGUCAUCUAACAAAGAGCUGACGUGUACUAUUGCUAGAGCCUUGGCCAAUUUUGCUCAACAUCCUCAAACAAGUUCGAAAGUGAUGACCCAUAUGGGUGAUAUCGUGAACAAAUGCCUCAAGUCGGAUCACCCCAAGACAAAGUUAAACGGGGUACGAGCCAUUGUUCAUCUGUUGAGACAUUCCAGACACGUGACCAUACAGGAACUGCUCAGAAACGGCGCUGGUGAGUUCCUGGAUGCACUAGCUUCUGUUCCUGCGCUGAUUGGCAGUCUGAUAACGAGUCUGACUGGCACAGUCCCAGAAAGAGCCUGGCCGAUGUGACAAUAGCAGUAGAGAAUCCAACCAUAUCUGGGGGUAUAGCCUGGCUGACAUGGAAACUCGAAACAGGCCCUAUCCGAGAUUAGGUUAGAUUGUGAUGUAAAGAAAAAAGAUGGGAAUUUGGAUUUAGUUGCAGAAUGUUUGUGCCCUUUUUGUGCAUUAACGUACUAUUGUUUACCCUGUUUUCAUAUUAAUGUUUGUAUUUCGUACGUUGUCAAAAUAACUCUUUCAAAGCAAACGCUGUUAAGUUUUAAACUGUCAUUAGACCAUUGUUGAAAAUAUUAAAAAAAAAGAUUGCAAACAAAACAAAAACAAACAAAACUGAUAUCGUGAUAGAGUCUACGUUUGAACUUUUCCAGUAUAUUAUAUCGCAAAAGAGAGCUAUCAGAGCAACCCAUGUGCUCUUAUUGUAGAUAAUCCGGCGUGUGGUUUUGUACCAGUUUCUCAUAACUUAGUUAUAUUUUGAAUCUUUUCCGGUAAAUAAUUGUGCUUAAUUAAGAUACUACUUGCUAGAAUAAUGUUGCUCAUCACCAAGUUAGUCCAAUUAAACAAAAACAUUUUACAAAAGUAAAAACUGAUUGUUGUAAGACAUUGGCGUUCACAUUUUACAGCUCUUAACAUGUUGUAUCAUUAUAACAGUUUGAAAAUGUUGAUGCUUCCUGAUGUAAAAUAUGUAAUGUCUGGUUCCAACCUUUAUUCUGUUUAUUCACGAUCAAAUCAUUACAGUUCGCCAGAAAUGUUACAAAUCUCCUGACUAAAAGCCGCAACCGAACAAACAAUAGUUGAGCAUACGGUCUCACUAGUGAAGGUGUGGUUUUCUAAGA